UUCAGUGAGAGUAAAACAGCGAAGAGAAAACCGUGGACUAAAACGAGAAGCUAUUUUGUUUCGUUAUUUUUGUUGUUCUUGUUGUUGGUGAAUACAUGUUAUCUAUGUCAUCUAUUUAAUUGUACACGAUAGCGAGUUAAUAUAACACACGGUAUAUUUAGUCUUUAAUUGACAGUCUAGGAAAAAAAUAAAAAAUAAUGAGACUAUAUAAAGGAAUGUUUUGGUGAAAACGAAAGCUUGACGCUUCCACCGAAACAAAACAGCACUCAUUAUAUAUAUAUAUACUGUUUCCUGGUAUUCAUUGCACAGCCUGCAUGGAAAACGUCUUAUAUUGUUAGUGAACCAGAAAGAUAACUAACUCUUAGUGUCAAGACUCAACAGCAUCGAUAAACCAACUAUGGACAUCGGAUGUCAACCAAACAUGCGGCAAAAUAACAACGAAAAAAGUGUAGAAAAAUGUAUGGACGAAUACUUGAAAUCCAUCGGCUUUCACCGGAAAAAAAUUGCCAAAGAUGGGUCGUGUUUAUUUCGGGCUGUAGCUGAACAGGUGUUACACUGUCAAAGCCUCCAUGCCAAAGUCCGUGCCACCUGUGUGCAGUAUCUAAAGAAGAACAAGGAGAACUAUGCGGCGUUCAUAGAAGGAGACUUUGAGGAGUACAUAAUGAAACUUGAGGACCCUCAGCACUGGGUGGGAGAGGUGGAGAUAUGUGCACUGGCUCUGAUGUACAAGAGUGAUUUCAUCAUCUUCCAGACCCCUGGUAAACCUCCUGUUCAAAUCACUGACAACGGCUUUAAUGACAAGGUGCGUCUGUGCUUCCUGAACGGGAACCAUUACGACAGUGUCUACCCCAUAGCUCAUGUGAAGAAUGCUGCCCUGUGCCAGUCUGUCCUGUACGAGCUCCUCUAUGAGCGCGUGUGUGGCACGGACCAUUCCGUGGUGGCUCCCUGUCUGAAGGGCGGUACCGGUAACCGUGCCAACGACCUUCUCGAAGACGACCCGGACAAUGAGCAGUGUCGUAGCAGCGACGAGUCGGACCUGGAGGGAGAGGACGCUCUCUGGAGCCAGGAUGGACUGGCUGGACCUGCAGGCCGGGGACUCAUCGUUAAGGGUCGAGGAGGUCGAGGCCCACCCUUCUCCAACAGGGUCAGACGUUCUCUCAACCCCUUCCUCUACAGAAACACUGAGUACGAUGUCUGGGUCAAGUCCAAGAGAGCUCAGCAGAAGCUGGAUUUCUGCAUCGCCGCUGGAAUGCAGUAUACAGUGGGAGACAAGUGCAAGGUUCGCCUUGACAACGGUGGGCGUUACUAUGGCGCCUACAUCCAGGAAGUGUCGCCUGACAACGGGCCUGUUACUGUCUUCAUAGAGGAACUGGGCAAGAAACACACUGUGUCCCUCUGGAACCUGCGCCCCCCCACAGAUGAGACGUUGUCCUGGAGCACGGUGGCCCGAGACGGAAAGAGACUGAACAACGGCUCUGCUCCAAACUCUGAUUGGGAGGGCAGGGGAAGAGGGAGGAAGUCGGGGAAGCAUUCAACGCCGUCGGCAACGCCGUCUGUCUCCCAGGCUAAAGGACCCUCCCAAAGUGGUGGGCGUGGUGUCCAGAAGCAGCACUCUUGGCCCCUGCAGGCCACCGUAGAGGAGGGAGGUGUCCGGAGCACCAACACCAGGAGACCCUCUUCCAGCUCUGUGUCAGAGGCAGCAUCAGUAGCAGCAGUGGAAGCAUUUGGUCUAUCAGAGGCACAACGUCAAGCCAAAGAGGAGGAGCAGAGGAACAUGGCCCUGCUGGAGAUGGCGCUACGGGAUGAGAGAAGCUUCCCUGCACUGGGGGUGGUGUCUAAUGCCAGUGAGGGGAAGAAGAGGACAGGCAGAGGCAUCAGGAGAUCAACACUAGAGGAGGAGAGGAGGACCCCAUCACCUCCUACUCCUAACCUUCCUGCUACUCCUAAACUACCUGCUACUCCUAACCUUCCUCCUAACCACCCUCCCACUCCUAACCUCCCUCCUACUCCUAACCUCCCUCCUACUCCUAACCUCCCUCCUACUCCUAACCUACCUGCUACUCCUAACCUUCCUGCUACUCCUAACCUUCCUCCCACUCCUAAACUUCCUCCUAACCUUCCUCCCACUCCUAACCUUCCUCCCACUCCUAACCUUCCUCCCACUCCUAAUCUUCCUCCUAACCUUCCUCCCACUCCUAAUCUUCCUCCUAACCUCCCUCCCACUCCUAACCUCCCUCCCACUCCUAACCUCCCUCCCACUCCUAACCUACCUGUUACUCCUAACCUCCCUCCCACUCCUAACCUUCCUCUUAACCUUCCUCCCACUCCUAACCUUCCUCCCACUCCUAACCUUCCUCCCACUUCGAACCUACCUGCAACUCCUACCUUUCCUGCUACUCUUAACCUUCCUCCCACCACCAUUCCUUCCACCCCUAUCCAUGUCAACUCCUGGCCUAAAACAACUGCUGCUGUUCCAGUUGUCCCCACCCCUCACCUCGUCCCACCUGUGUCUGGGGUUUUAACUGCACUACCUCUGGUGACCUCUGUGCCCGACACGGUGACCUCUGUGCCCGACAUGGUGGACCAAUCCCCUCAGACAAUACAGACUGUCCCUCUCAACCCCCCCUCUCUCAAUCUCACCCACCCCUCCUCUCUUCCACAAUCUGGUCAACCCUAUCUACCCCAAUGUUCUCUCUCCCAGCCCCCCCUCUCCCUGGAUCCUCCAUCCAGUGAGGUCUCCUCAGCCUACACCCCAGCUUUAUCCCACAUCGGUGUUCCCCCCACUUCCUUCAUCCCCACCAACCACCCACCUCACCCCUCCAACCACCCUUCCCUUCCCCCCGGGCUCUCCCCAGCCCCCCUCCAGCCCCAGACUGUCACCCAGCCCCCCCUGUCGUUCCACCAGCUGGCUCAUCUCUACCAAGACCCCUUGUUCCCAGGGUUUCCUUUGUCUGACAAGGAAGAGAUCGUCCAGACUCCCUCCUAUUCUUAUAUCCACACGGGAGAGGACCUGCCACGAGAUGUCAACAUCCUGAGGUUUUUCUUCAACCUUGGUGUGAAGGCAUUCACCAACCCCAUGUGGCCCCCCCACUCUUACAUCCUCCCUCUUCACCAGGCCUACAGCAUGCAGCCCAAACUACCCUCAGUCUCCCUCCCCUCUUCCCACUGGUACCCCUCCCACCCCUCCACCGUGCCCCAGGAGGGGUACGGACACCCCCACCCUCAGUACCCCUCCCCCACGGGUUUGGGGGGCCUCCAUCUGCAUGACAACCUCCAGAGAUCAACCCCCCAAUCGGCUGCAGAACCUCCCCAGCAUAUGGAGUUCAGAUACGGGCAGGAUGGUCGCUCCGCCCUGGGGUACCCUUCCAACCGCCACCUUCACCCUGCCUCAACCCAGCCCGUGCCGUUCCAGCCACGCAUGGCUGGCUCUCUACCCUGGUGUAGCAACGUUACCCCGCGACCGAACGCCUACGCUGGGGUAUGCUCUGUACCCACACCCCUGACACAAUACUCUCCACAAGCACCCCAACCUGCACCUCCCAACCAGUACCCGACUGCACCCCAAUCCUCUACCCACACCUCUCAAGCUCAGCCCUACACUCCAGCUCCAGCCGCCUCCCCUCCCUCCGUACCCCAGUACCAAUCAGUGUCUCUGGGGUACCCUCCCCCGAGGCUGCCCAGUGGGAACCAGACCCAAGGACCGCUGGAUCCUUGCCCCGCCAGCGGUGCCUCUUCCCUGGGUAUGAGGUCCAGCCACAGCCCCCUGGAGAACCAUAAUGCUUAUACUACCUCUGUUGUCAAUAUUACUACUGAUGCUGAUGCUGCUGCUACUAGUACUACUGCUUCCAACACAGAGAGAGCUUUACAGACUGUUCUUGCAGGCUUUGCAGACAGAGGACAGGGAGACAUGAAGACGGCGAGCACUCUGCUAGUGAACCCUCCUCUUCCUCCUACUGAGCAGGUCACAUGGGUCCCCGAGGGUCACCUGAUAACAACAGUAAGUGCCCAGACCAUGUUCAAGGAUGUAUCCGUCGGCAUGGCGAUGCAGGGUGCGGGCGACGCCCCCAUGACCCAGAGCGGGGCGGAGUUUAACAUGAAAACGACCAAUGAGACGACGACGGGGAGCUGGGGCGAGACUUCAUAUUUAGUGCCCCAGACCCCAAGCGGCGUAACAUCAUUGGACCGAGACUGGGAGGGAGGGGAGUGGCUAGACCCUAAUGACCACACCCUCAGAAACGGAAAGAAGUUCUACAGUCGCUCCUUCAGAGGUGGAGGAGGGAGGGGAGGACACGAGGAGGGAGGAGGAGCCAGAGGGUAUAGAGAGAACCGUUGGAGGGGUGAGAGACGGGGGGUAGGAGGUUCCAGAGGAGUGGGGAGGAGAGAUAACAGGGAAGGUUUCCGGGAACAAGACCGAGGGGACAGGAAGCAGGAAGGAAGAGGGGGCGACGCCACCUCUAAAGGACAAAAUGUGAGGGGUCGGGGGAGGAGCUACCACUACAAUCAACAGCAUUCCAAUGUCAGAGAGGCAGGCGACUCUAGUGGGAUGAGGAACCCCCCUUAUACAGAUUUGUGAGAUUUGAUUGGCUGAUAUGUUUUUUUUUUUGGGAGGGGGGGGGUUGUUUAUAUUUUAGUUUUUUUCUGAUUUGGUAUUUUAAUCGUCUGGUUUGUGGGAUUAUGUCGUUGGACUCGUCUUUUUAAAAAAGAAAAAAAGAAAUCUGUCAAGUGUCUUUUCUCCAUGUUAUUGUUGCUUUCUGGACUCUGGCUGUAUCCCAUAUAUAGUGCACUACCCCCCCCCCCAUAGGGCCCUGGUCAAAAGUAGUGCACUAUAUAGGGAUUAGGGUGUCAUUUGGGAUACAGACUAUCUCCUCUGAAAGAUGUUGAUCCUGCACCGGGUAGUUAAUGUUAUUCCAGGUAGAUGUUUGAAUUUUCAUUUAAUAAAAGUUUUCUGUAUUAGA